GCUGCGUUGCCGACUGGUGCUGUUUUUUAUCUUCUGCUUGUGAGGCUCUCUCUUUCAUUACUUCUUCACAGGUGUUGACCGUCCUAGCGAAGCGCUUCUCCUUUACGGCUGCUUGCUUUUUUGUUUAUUUCGAGUUGCCUGACGCCGUCACUGCCGCGAGCGCUGUCGCUGCUGGACUGAACCUUUUUCUUAAAGGCGCAUCUCUUCUCUUUGCCUUUGAAAUGAAGUCGUAUGCAAAGAUCCUCGAGCCGCUCGACCUUGGCUUCGUGAAGCUGCGCAACCGCGUGGUGAUGGGCAGCAUACACACGGGCCUGGAAUCUCCAAUCCACGCCGGCGGUUCCACACAGAGCUCCAACAAAAACCCCUACGCUCGUCUCGCCCGCUUCUACCGCGAUCGCGCCAAGGGAAAGGCGGGGCUCAUCAUUACCGGGGGGUUCUCGCCAAGCGUGGAGGGCGAGCUGAACACCGGCGAACGCCCACUGCAGGCGAGCGAGUUGGAUGCGUUGCGGUGUGUACCAGACGCGGUGCACGAGGAGGGCGGCCACAUUUUAAUGCAGCUGCUGCACCCUGGUCGGUACGCUAACGGCGGCGACUGCUGUGUGGCACCGUCACCUAUCAUGAGCCCCAUUUCUCAGACCCUGCAGGUUCCAAUGGAGAUGAGUGUGUCACUCAUCCAGCGGACCGUGGACGACUUUGCGCGGCUUGCCCGCAACGCUCAGCAGGCCGGCUUCGACGGCGUCGAGAUCAUGGGCUCGGAGGGCUACCUCUUGAACCAGUUUGUGGCGCGCCACACCAACCAUCGCACGGAUGACUACGGCGGCAGCUUUGAGAAUCGUAUUCGCUUUCCGCUGGAGGUGCUGCGUGCCGUGCGUUCCGCAACCGGGCCGAACUUCAUUAUCAUGUUUCGCGUCUCUCUGCUGGACCUCGUGCCGGACGGGUCGACUCAGGCGGAGGUGUUCGCGUUGGCCGAGCGCGUCGCCAAGGACGGCGCCAACAUCAUCAACAGCGGCAUCGGCUGGCACGAGGCCCGUGUCCCGACCAUCGCCACGUCGGUGCCGCGGGCGGGCUACGUCUGGGCUACGCGGGCGACACGCACGCACCUGCGAAGCCGUGGAAUCGGCAUCCCCCUCGUGGCGGUAAAUCGCAUGAACCACCCCGACAUCUUGGAGCAGGUGCUGGAGGACGGCGAUGCGGACAUGGUGGCCAUGGCCCGUCCUUUUCUCAGCGAUGCCUUCUUUAUGGAGAAGGUCAUGUCCGGCAUGAGCGACCACAUCAACGUGUGCAUCGGCUGCAAUGAAGCGUGCCUGGACAACAUCUUCUCGGGGAAGGUCGCGUCGUGCAUGCUGAACCCGAUGGCGGCGCACGAGGAGGAGCGGGCGGCCUUGCCGACAAUGACGCCAAAGAAGAUCGCCGUGGUGGGCGGUGGGCCAGCCGGUGCGUCAGCGGCCAUCACCCUCGCCGACCGCGGCCACCACGUGACACUCUACGAGGCGAAAGCCAUCCUUGGCGGGCAGUUCAACCUGGGAAAGCGCAUCCCUGGCAAAGAGGAAUUCCAGAGCAGCGUCGACUACUGGACCAACUCCCUGCAGAAGCACCCGAACGUCACGUUAAAGCUCAACACGAAGGCCACUGCGGCCGAUAUAGCUGCCGCGGGCUUUGACGAGGUGAUUGUGGCGACGGGCUGCGAGCCACACCCCAAGUCAGAGGCGAUCCUGCCCGGUGUGGAGCAGUAUCCAAACGUGUUCAACUACGUGGAGGCGUUGAUGCACCCGGAGAAGGUGGGACGGCGAGUCGCGGUCAUCGGCGCGGGCGGGAUUGGCUUUGACAUGGCGGAGUUUUUGACAUCCCCGCACAGCACCUCUGCCGCGACCGUCGAGGCGGCGCAGCUGACUAAAUACGAAAAGCAGAGCCCGUCCGAGUUUAAGGAAAAGUGGGGCAUUUUUCAGGCCGCUGAUACGCCGUCGCAGACGCCCGCUGGCGGCCUCGCUCGGCCCGUCAUUCGACCGCCAUUCCGGCAGGUGACGCUGUUUCAGCGCAGCCGCGGCAAGCACGGCGCCCACCUCGGCGUCUCCACCGGGUGGAUUCACCGCCUUGAAAUUCGCAUGAACAAGGUAAAGACGGUCGGGGGUGUAACGUACAAGAGCUUUGACGGCAAGACGCUCGUCUACGCAGACGGCGAAGGCAAGGAACACGCACUGGAGGUGGACUCGGUCGUGCUGUGCACUGGGCAAAGCUCGAACAAGGAGUUCGAAACCGCCGCCACGGCAGGUCCUACUCCGGUGCUAUCGAAAUUGCACACCGUGGGAGGCUGCAACUUCACAAAGAAGCUGGACGCCAAACUCGCUAUUCUGCAGUCGCACGGUGUGGCCAUUCGUCUGUAG